CGAGAUAGAGAUAGAGAGACAGAGAGAGAGAGAGACAGAGAGAGACAGAGAGAGACAGAGCGAGAGUAAGAGAGUUUUCUUCAAACAACAGUGAUGGAAACGUUGUUGUAUCUCACCCUGCUCAUCUCAGGAUUCUACACACCUUCCUCAUGUCUUCAUCACUAUCACCUCAUUUCCAUCAAUAUGAUCUGGACUGAUGCCCAGAGUUACUGCAGAGCACAUUACACUGAUCUGGCUACAGUAGAUGACAUGGAGGACCAGAACAGGCUGAUUACCAGUGUCAGUUUUGAUGGUUGGUUCUGGAUCGGACUGAAGAAGGGAGACUCCAUGAAGUGGCACUGGUCUCUGGCAGACAGACGUUUCUACAGAGAGGGGGAGACUGAGUUCAGAAACUGGGACACUGGAACACCCCAAAAUGGUAACUGUGCUUUAAUGAGUACAUCUGGGUUGUGGAACAACACCUCCUGUGAUGACCAGCAUCACUUCAUCUGUUAUGAUGGAAAACAAGACACCAACCUAACAUACGUCUUAAUUCAGGAGAACAAGGCCUGGAUAGAUGCUCAGAGUUACUGCAGACAGUAUCACACAGACCUGGUCAGUGUGAGGAACCAGACUGAGAACACAGAGAUGGAGCAGAAGAUAUCACUGACGGGACUUCCUGUGUGGAUCGGUCUGUUUCAAGACUGCUGGAGAUGGUCAGACCAGAGUGAUUCCUCAUUUAGAAACGGGACAUUAGGACAUCCUGAUGCUUCAGGACAGAACUGUGUUGCAUUGUUUUUUGAAUCAGUUAAUUCUGCUGAAUGGGUAAAACAUCCCUGUGACCACAGACAUAAUUUCAUCUGCAAUAUUGACACAGAUGUGAAGACCACGACUGCCCCUCUGCCCACACCCACAACCACCCUUUCCACCCCGACCACAACCACAACCACGCCUUCCACCCCGACAACAACCACAACCACGCCUUCCACCCCGACCACAACCACGAUUGCCCCACAGAUCUUACACAAGACUACCACCCCAACCCCUGAGAAACCUCAACUGAAGAGACAGGUGGUGAGAAUGAAGAUGACCCCAAAGGAUCCAAAUAUGAACCUCAGUGAUCCUGCUGUUCAGGACUCCAUCUUACAAGAGAUAAGGAACAAGCUGAAGGAGCAGGGGUUACCUGCAGACACCAAAGUGACAUGGAAAAAGCAGCCUGAUGGGAAGGUCUUCCACAAGGAGGAAGAGGGGUUUCUCAAGAAAGAAGAGGAGGAGAAGAAGAUGAAGAAGAGUAUGAUGACAAAGAGAGAACUCUAAUUAUGUCAAAUGUUCUCUCCUUUUUUAUUUAGAUUAAUUAUCUGUACUAGGAUGUAUUUUCUGAACCUAAUUAAAUGUGUUUUAUUAAAUAAAUUGUUUAUUAUAAACAUUAAUAGUGUUUUAUCUUGAGAUGUUGUUAUUG